AUGACUAAGGAAUUCAAAUCCAAUAAGAAAGCCUGGGCUGAGUUCUCGGAGCAUCUCAUCAGGCAGGUUGAGCGGGUUGUUCAAUAUAAUUGUCAUUAUGGAGGGGAUCACGUUCUGCCUGCUUGGCAAUCAAGUCUUGAGCAUCUCAAAGAAGUUGCAGAUGUUCAACCCACCCAAGGGAGGAGACAUCCCAGUUUCACAGAGGAUAUGGCAUACAUAGAGGAGCUCAAGGGCAAGUUGAAUGAAGCCAUGGGCACUUUCAAUGCAUGUCAAGGAAAUAUAUCUAAAAGUAGGAUUGAAACCAAGGAGAUUUGUAUAGAGGCUGAUACUACAGUGGCAAAACAAUCCAUGCAUCAAGUAAGUGUUCUGGCAGGGGCACAGGAUAUUCAGAUGGACCAUGCUGUGAUUAUUGCUGCAAAUACUGUCACCUACAACAACAAUGGAAAACUUCCAUACAAAAUCAAUGAGAGGAUGGAAGAAUCAAAGAAAAAUGAAUGGUUGAAAGAAUUGAGGUCUCCAUCACAUAAGCAAAGGGAAAGAUGCAUGCCUGGAACUUGUGUGGAUGUGCUCAGAGACAUCCAAGUGUGGCUUUGUGAUCUCAACAUGCCAAAUAUUCUCUGGCUAUCUGGAAGUCCUGGUUCUGGAAAGACAACAAUUGCUUCAACUGUUGUUGCUGACUUUGAAUCUUUCUCUGGGCAAUUCUUCUUUCACCGUAAUCAGGCUGAGUUUUGUGAUCCAGACAAUCUGUGGAGACACCUUGCUUUGGAUCUUGCACUAGGAAACAAUGCUCUAGGGAAAUCUAUAGCUAAGGCAUUAGAGACACAGAAAGCUAACAUCAGAGGUCUCAAUAUUUCUAAACAGUUUGAGCAUCUGAUUGUCAAACCAGUCCAGGAGGUCUUUCUGAAUAGUGCAGUACCUCUUCUUGUUGUUAUUGAUGCUCUUGAUGAAUGUGAGCAAUAUCAGAAACUUCUACCAUCAUUAAAAUCUUGGUCUUGGCAGCUUCCCAAGUUUCUCAAACUACUCAUCACAAGUCGUCGCUAUCUUGAUAUUCAGAGUACACUGAAUUCUAUUAGUUACCCUAUUAAUCUUUAUACUGGAGAUCAAGUUUCUGAUCAGACCUCUGAUGACCUUGAGCUUUACUUUACUACCAGAUUCUCUGACAUAACUGGAUUGCAAACAUCACUGCAUCUGAAUUGGCCUGGUCCUGAUAAAAUUUCUUUUCUUGUGAGAAAGGCUGCAGGGCUCUAUAUUUGGGCUAAAUCUGCAAUGGACUUUAUCUUGCACAGAGGUGGUGACACUGAAGAAAGGUUGAACAUUAUUUGCUCUGACUACAGUGACAGCAUUGAUGCCAUUGACACAUUGUACCAGCACAUUGUCUUGGUUGCUUUUCAGGGGUUAAGAGAAGAAGAAAAGAAUAAUUUGUCAUCAGUUCUGGCUGCAAUUGUUAUUGCAAAAAACCCACUUCGUGCAAGUGAUAUUGAACAGCUUGUAGGAGUUCAAAAUGCACUGCAAAUAGUGAGUCAACUGAGCCCAGUACUGUUAAUUAGCAAUACUGGCCAUUUGCAUAUCUGCCAUCAAUCAUUCACAGAUUUUCUGCUUGACCAAAAGCGGUCUAAGGCUUUUUGGGUGGAUUUUCAAAAGCAUAGUCUCUGUUUUGCUGGAUCUUGCAUGAGAUAUCUAAGUGCAAAGCUCAGAUUCAACUUUUUUGAUCUGAAAACAUCACAUAUACUAAAUAAGGAUAUUCCAAAUCUGAUGGACCACAUUAAAAAUGUGAAAUCUACUGCUCUAGAUCAUGCAAGCUACUUCUGGGCAAUCUAUCUGCAAAAGUGUCCUGAUGAGGUAUUACAAGAGGAGAUAAUGGUGCAGAUGGAGUAUUUUCUGAUUACCCAUCUUUUACAUUGGCUAGAAAUUAUGAGCCUGAUGGGCUCUGUAAAUCAUGCUGCCCAUUUACUGCUGUUAGCUGAAAAUUGGUGCAGUCCAAUCUCUGAAGCAGCACCACACAUUUACAUCUCAGCAUUGCCAUUUGCACCACAAAAUUCUAAAAUAUCCCUUCAUUUCAUGAAACAUUCUGUAAAGACUUUGAGAAUUGACAAUGGUCAGAUGAAACAGUGGCCAGAUAGAUGCCUUCUGAGAAUAAAGACUAGUAAUGGUCCACUUGCAUAUUCACAUGAUGGCAGGCAUAUUGUCUCUGGAUCUAAUGAAGGAGCUAUUCAUAUCUGGGAUGCUCUCACAGGCCAUAAUGUCAUGGAUCUUGAACGCCAUGCUAACUAUGGUGUUUUGGCAGUUGCAUAUUCUCCUGAUGGGAAACACAUAAUCUCUGAUUCUGGUGACAAUACAAUCAUAGUCUGGGAUGCUUCAACUGGCCAGAGUGUCAUGGAUCCUCUUGAAGGCCACAAUAGCUGGGUUCUCUCAGUUGCAUAUUCUCCUGAUGGGAAACACAUAAUCUCUGGAUCCGAAGAUAAGACAAUCAGAGUCUGGGAUGCUUUCACAGGCCAGAGUGUCAUGGAUCCUCUAAAAGGCCAUGGUAGUCCUGUUAAAUCAGUUGCAUAUUCUCCAAGUGGCAGGCAUAUUGUUCCAGGGUCCUGUGAUUGCACAGUCAGAAUCUGGGAUGCUGGAACAGGUCAGUGUGUGAUGGAUCCACUCAUUGGUCAUGAUGACUGGGUUCAAAGUGUUGCAUAUUCUCCUGAUGGAAUGAAUAUUGUUUCUGGAUCUAAUGAUAAGACAAUUAGAGUCUGGGAUGCUCUAUCUGGUCAGAGUGUAAAGAUUCUUUUUGAAGGCUCUGAUCCCAUCUACACAGUAGCUUUUUCUCUUGAUGGCAAGCAUAUUGUUUGUGCAGCUAAAUACCGCCUAAUUAGAUUCUGGAAUGCUUUGACAAGUCAGUGCAUGUUAAGUCCUCUUGAAGAUGAUGAGGGUUCAGUUUAUAGAGUGGCUUUUUCACCUAAUGGCAAGCAUAUUAUUUCUGGAUCUGGGGGUCAUACAAUCAAAGUAUGGGAUGCUCUAACAGGCCACACUGAGAUAGAUCAUGUAAGAGGCCAUGACUAUGGGAUAACAUCAGUUGCAUUUUCUCCUAAUUGCAAACACAUUGUCUCUGGGUCCAAUGAUGCAACACUCAGAAUUUGGGAUGCUCUGACAGGUCUCAGUGUCAUGGGUCCACUUAAAGGUCAUGACCAUCAGGUUACAUCAGUUGCAUUCUCUCCUGAUGGAAGAUACAUUGCCUCUGGAUCUCGUGAUUGCACAGUCAGAGUCUGGGAUGCUCUAACAGGUCAAUGUGUCAUAGAUCCUCUCAAAGGCCAUGGUAAAGGAGUUGUUUCUGUUGCAUUUUCUCCUGAUGGUAGAUACCUUGCCUCUGGAUCUUGGGAUAUGACAGUCAGAGUCUGGAAUGCACUGACAGGGCAGAGUGUCUUAGAUCCUUUCACAGGUCACACUAGUUGGAUUCAUUCAGUUUCAUUUUCUCCAGAUGGCAAAUUCAUCAUCUCUGGGUCUGAAGAUGAUACAAUCAGAGCAUGGAAUGCCCUGACAGGUCAAAGUGUAAUGAAUCCUCUUAUAUGUCAUAAGUAUGGUGUUAAGUCUGUUGCCUUUUCUCCUGAUGGAAGGUACAUUGUGUCUGGAUCUAGAGAUGACACUGUCAGAGUGUGGGAUUUUAAUGCAGGACAGAGUGUCAUGGAUCCUCUAAAAGGCCAUGGUGAUGUGGUUGAUUCAGUUGCAUUCUCUCCUGAUGGGAGGUACAUUGUUUCUGGUUCUGAUGACAAAACAAUUAGACUCUGGGAUGCUGAAACAGGUUACAGUUUGGGAGAUCCAUUCAAAGGCCAUUAUGCAGCUGUUCUAUCAGUUGUCUUUUCACCUGAUGGCAGGCAUAUCGCUUCUGGAUCUUCAGACAAUACCAUCAGACUCUGGGAUGCUCAUGGAGGCUGCAUAGACUUAAAUCCCUCAUCUCCUUCAGUUACAUUGUCAUCCACAUUCUUGCCAUCUGGAGUUAUAAAUGUUAAUGACACUGAUACCCAUGACAGUGUAUCUCACAUUUUCAAGAGUAAACCUGUUGUUUUUUAUCCCUCUCCAGGACUUAAAUCUAAUAAUUGGAUCAUUGGAGAAGAUUUCAAAUCAUAUCUCUUCUGGGUGCCACCACACAAUAAACAUGGUUUAUUUUUUCCAAGAGCAGUCAAUGUACUGGGCAGCACUCCAACUAUACUUGAUUUUAGUAACUUUGUCCAUGGUACAAAUUGGACUCAAUGUUAUUCACCAGCCUUAUAA